GGACCGCUACCUUCCAACACUUUAAACACCACCAACCCCACUCAGAUUCCCCAUUCAUUCAAGGGUUUCUUCAUCAAUCUUUGCCCUUUGUUUUCUUCAUAUUUUCAUUUGCACAACAACAAUGAUGUCAAUGAAUCUUCUUCCAUCGUCAUCUCUCACUCUCAACAAGCAUGCACACCCCAAUCUUGUAUCCAGAACCCACAUUUCUCAUCAUGCAAACCUUAAAGUCUUCAACUUUAACAAAAUCAAGAAUCAUCAACCCACUUCCCAGAUCCAUAAAGUUAGCAACUUUCUUGAAAACCCAUUUGAGUUUAACAAUUUUGGUGCAAGACCCACUUCACAGAUUGUUAAAUCAGCCUCUGAGAGUCCUCAAGAUUUGACCCCAGAUGGAGAAACCAAGAAAAACCCUAACAAGACUCUGCAGCUUGCCAUUGUGUUUGGUUUCUGGUACUUUCAGAACAUUGUUUUCAAUAUUUAUAAUAAGAAAGCUUUGAACAUUUUCCCAUAUCCAUGGUUACUUGCUAGUUUUCAGCUCUUUGUUGGGUCUGUUUGGAUGUUGGUUCUUUGGGCUACAAAGCUUCAACCUUGCCCCAAGAUUGAUAAGUCCUUUAUUAUUGCUCUGUUAGGUCCUGCACUUUUUCACACAAUUGGUCACAUUUCUGCUUGUGUUUCAUUCUCUAAAGUUGCUGUUUCUUUCACUCAUGUUAUUAAGUCAGCAGAGCCUGUGUUCUCUGUGGUGUUCUCCUCUGCUUUAGGUGAUACUUACCCUUUAUCUGUUUGGUUAUCAAUUUUGCCAAUUGUUAUGGGGUGUUCUUUAGCUGCUGUUACUGAGGUUUCAUUCAAUCUUGGUGGGUUGUGGGGUGCUAUGAUCAGUAAUGUCGGGUUCGUGUUGCGAAACAUUUACUCGAAAAAGAGUUUGCAGAACUUCAAGCAGGUGAAUGGGUUGAAUCUUUAUGGGUGGAUUACAAUCCUGUCAUUCUUUUAUCUGUUUCCAGUUGCGGUUUUUGUUGAAGGGUCUCAAUGGGUUUCUGGAUAUCAUAAAGCGAUUGCGAGUAUUGGGACACCUUCGACUUUUUAUCUGUGGGUGAUGAUAUCCGGGGUGUUUUAUCAUCUGUAUAAUCAGUCGUCGUAUCAAGCGCUUGAUGAUAUUAGCCCGUUGACGUUUUCAGUUGGGAACACGAUGAAACGGGUGGUUGUGAUCGUGUCUACUGUAAUUGUGUUUAGAAAUCCUGUUAGGCCUCUGAAUGCGCUUGGGUCGGCCAUUGCUAUUUUCGGUACAUUUUUGUAUUCACAGGCAUCGUCAAAGAAGAAGGCUGCUGUUGAGAAGAAGGAUUGAGAGGUUUUUGUUUGGUUUAUUUCUUGUUUUACUGGCAAUAAUAGUUUUCGGUUUUGUAUUCUUGAUUGGAGUAGGGUUUCCUUGUUUUAUCACUUGUGGUUUUGUUAGACUUUGGUGUUGACUUCGAUGAAAUCCAACCAUCUUUUACUUGUUUAA